UUUAACUUGAACAUGUAGUUUCUUCUCGUCCGCCAUUGUUAUCACUUGCUGCCGGUACCCUGUGUUCGGAUUUCAAGUCUAGCUUUAUUGUUUAAAUUGUACCUCAAUAUUCAGCAAUAGAGUCAAGAUGCUGUCAAGGAUUGCAUUGAAACCGGUUCGCUCAGCCAUUCAGCCUAUUCGUAUGACCCAGACUUCGGCCACCUCAAAUGCAGCAUCUGCUGCUACAACAGAAAGCCCAGAAAGGGAUUUGGUCAACUUUCCAAGACCAGUCCGUCAAGAGUAUCCUGGCAAAGUACGCAUGGGCUUCAUCCCCGAUGAAUGGUUCCAGUUUUUCUACUCCAAGACUGGAGUUACUGGACCGUACACCUUUGGAUUGGGUUUGGCUACCUAUUUGUGCAGCAAGGAAAUCUACAUUAUGGAACAUGAAUUCUACACUGGUCUGUCCAUUGCUAUCAUGGGUAUCUACGCUGUGAAGAAACUUGGGCCUGCCACAGCCAAAUUUCUUGAUGCUGAAGUUGCUAAAUCCGACGCUGAAAUGAACGCUGGACGAGAUAUGGCCAUCGCUGAAGCUAAGGCUAGAAUCGCGGCAGAGAAGGUUGAACAGGAUCGGGCUCUUGGCAUGAAGAUGCUUUUUGACGCCAAGAGGGAAAACGUUGCCCUUCAACUUGAAGCUGCUUACCGCGAACAGCUCGUCAAAGUCUUUUCUGAGACCAAGAAGCGACUGGACUACCAGGUGGAAGUUCAGAACGUCCAGAGAAACCUGGAACAACGCCACGUCGUUGACUGGGUCUUGCGUAGCGUCCGUGCCGCCGUCACCCCCGAACAGGAGAAGGCCACUCUCAGCCAGUGCAUCGCCAACAUCAAAUCCUUAGCCCAGCAAAACACCGUCAGGAUUUGAGCGAAGAACCGACUGUUUUGUUGGUUCUCAUUUAGUGUCUAGAUUGAAAAACUCUUAAAACUAAAAUAUAAAUGAAAAGCUAAUCCGCACGAGAUCAUUUGGAUUGGGCCAAAUAUUGUACACAGCUGUAGAAAAAAGGGUCUGGUUGGCACGCCAAAUACAGUGAUUUCGUUCCACCUGA